UGACGAUCAGUAACCUCGAGUGGGGACAAGUAUCCAUCCAGAUAGCGUAAUUAUGUGAUAAUAAGAUGCCUACCUGUCGCAUGUAUAUAUUUAGUUAUUGUCCUUCCGCAAGUCAAUUAUACCGCUGACUCUGACCAUUCCUCACUCCACGCAAAAAUUGAAUAUUCGGUAACAUGGGGUGCAAAAGAAGUAAAAAUGUGUUCCGAAAUUAUCCUCAACAUCUUGGGAUUGUCGCUUUCACUGGAAUCAUUACUUGUGUUCUGAUUCUAUUUAUGACAAGAAACCCAAAACUGUAUGCAUCAUUCUCAAAUAAUGAUUGUCGUCAAAGUGAAAGUGUCAUUAAUUUAGAGCAAAAUAAUGACAAUGACGAUGAAUACUCUUCACCGGUGUGGACCAGGAUCAGUGAUUCCAUCCACGUGUACAGCGCCCAUUUCGACCCACGCAUCAUCCACGGACCUCACUUUUCCAUAUUCUCCCCCGACUAUUCCUGGAAAAUGAGAACAAGUAAUUUGCAUAAGUCGAGCUUGGUUCGAAUAAUCGGAAUUAGGCGAUUCCCACCCACGGCCACCAUCAUCGCUCGGAAUCCCAUGGCCUGGCUUCUCAUCAAGGACGAGACGCUGUUCAGUGAUGACCACGAGUGCAAAUUAUUCCUCGCGAAUGGCUCCACUUUCUCUUCCGCCGUCCUCACGUAUCACGUCGUGGAGGAAGGAAUCAAAACAUUUGCGGCCUCUUUCUUCAACUGUUAUUUCGACCUCGAAGGAAAUGACGACUUAUUUCGAGGAGGAUUUGUAGCUUUGGUCCCCAAAAAUGAGGGGGAAUAUCCACUCAAACUACUAAAAAUCCAGAAUACCCGUCGGCCCGAUGUUGUAUCGCCACAGAAUGUCAAAAACUUAUCAUUGGCCAUUUGCACCCGGCCCCUGUUCUCGUCCCCCGAGGGAGACUUUGCCCUCGUUCGAAAACUAACUCAAUUUAUUUCCUACUACGUCGCACUUGGAGUGAAUUUCUUUACUUUCUACGAACUCAGCACUUUCCCAGGAGUGAGGAAGUACUUGAGAGAGUUGAGACGCCGUCAGGAUUUCCGGCACAAUUUCCGGUUGCAUGUACAAAAGUGGAAUUUGCCGACAGGAAAUACCUCCGAAUUAUGGGAUUAUGGUUCCCUGGCGGCGUUGAACGACUGUCUUUACCGGAAUAUGUGGGCCGAUCAUGUCCUCUUCCUGGAUCUCGAUGAGUUUAUAGUCCCGCAAAAAGAACACUCGUUGGGACAACUGAUCAAUUAUUUGGAGGAGAAAAGUGGAAGCAAAAAUAGGUUGUCAAUCUCUCCUCCUCAAAUUUUGAUCCGAAACACGUUCUUCUGUUCGGAAUUUUGCUCUGCAACUGGAGAGAACACAGUGACAUCGGCGACCUUGGAGGACACAUUUCCCAUUACGACGUGCAGAACAAGGACGAAACGAGUUUGGCAUGCGAAAUUGAGAACUAAAUUUAUCCUGCGGCCAACUUUAUCUAUUUCGGUGGGCCAUCACACUGCUCAUAAUUUUUGGAGGAACAGCAGCAAUUCAGGCAGGAGGACAGAUGAUAAAGUCGAAGUGUAUCAGGACCCAAGACAACAAAACUCCAUCAUUGCUGACGUUGGCGUUGCGCUUCUCAAUCAUUAUCGAGAAUGUGGACCAAUAUCCACCAAAAAACAACCCAUCCUCAACAGAUUAACGAUAAAGGACGAGAAAAUUGUAAGAAUUUUGAAACAAAGGAAUUUUAAAUGGCUUCGGUAUUAAUUAGGUGACCAAUACAUAAAUAAUUAUUUUAAAUGUUCUUUAUCCCGUAAAACGAGGAACACAGUAUUUUUACAGAUUUUAUAAUCGAUAAAUGAGUAAAAUAGAGUAUUGAGCAGGAGACCAUUAGAGAUGAUGAAGGUACAGAAGUUGUACAUAUGUGUGAUGUGAAUGCAUUGGUUGACAGUCAUUAUCAAGCAAGUCUUUCAA